UAAAGGUUAAUAAUUAAUGGACAGCCUUCCCUGACAAAGUAUCAAUAGGCAAUCUGGUCUCUUUAGCUUCAGAUAUUAGCGAGAAGACCUCGGACCCCGGGGGAGACAGGAGAAAUGGAGAGUCCCUUGUGUGUCUCUAUUUUCUUGGUCUUGUGCAUCUUUAUUCUAUCAAGUGCCCAUGGACAAAGCCCAGGACCAGAGCCAUUUGGAAGAUCUCACGCCGUUGAAACAGGGGAAACGUUGCAGGAGACAGAGACCAGAUUCCUGCUCUUUGAAGACAAAACCGAUAAGGGCUGUCGGCUUCAGCUCCAUCACGCGGACACGUUACAGCAGUGCGGCUUCAACGCCUCCCUGCCCCUGGUGAUGAUAAUCCACGGCUGGUCGUUCGAUGGCCUCCUGGAAAACUGGAUCUGGCAGAUGGUGGACGCGCUGAAGUCUCCGCUGGUCCAGCCAGUGAAUGUGGUGCUGGCAGACUGGAUCACCCUGGCCCACCAGCAGUAUACCAUCGCCAUCCGCAAAAGCCGCCUUGUGGGCCAAGAGGUCGCAGCUCUUCUCCGGUGGCUGGAGGAAUCUGCUCAAUUCUCUCCAAGCAACGUUCAUCUAAUUGGGUACAGCCUGGGCGCGCACGUCUCAGGCUUCGCUGGCAAUUACAUGGGCGGAAAGCACAAGAUUGGGAGAAUAACAGCACUGGAUGCCGCGGGGCCCUUGUUUGAGGGCACUGCCCCCAGCGAACGUCUUUCACCAGAUGAUGCCAACUUUGUGGACGCCAUUCACACCUUCACCCGGGAGCACAUGGGCCUGAGUGUGGGCAUCAAACAGCCCAUUGCACACUACGACUUCUACCCCAAUGGGGGCACCUUCCAGCCUGGCUGCCACUUCCUGGAGCUCUACAAAGAUAUCGCCAAGUACGGCUUAAAUGCCAUCACCAAGACCAUCAAAUGCGCCCACGUGCGGUCGGUGCACCUCUUCAUCGACUCCUUGCUGCACCCCAGCAUGCAGAGCACAGCCUACCUGUGCAGUGACAUGGACAGCUUCAGCCAGGGCCUGUGCCUGAGCUGCAGGAAGGGCCGCUGCAACACGCUGGGCUACCACGUCCGCCAGGAGCACAGAGGCAAGAAGAGCAGGAAGCUCUUCCUCGUGACGCGAGCCCAGGCCCCGUUCAAAGCCUAUCAUUACCAGUUCAAGAUCCAGUUCAUCAACCAAAUGGAGACACCAGGAAAACCAACUUUUACCAUGUCACUCCUCGGCACGAAAGAGGAAAUGCAGAAAGUGCCCAUCACUCUGGGCGAAGGCAUUACUAGUAAUAAAACCUAUUCCUUUCUCCUCACACUGGAUUUGGAUAUCGGUGAGUUGGUCAUGAUCAAGUUCAAGUGGGACAACAGCGCAGUAUGGACCAACGUCUGGAACACGGUCCAGAUCAUCAUCCCAUGGGGCAGAGAGCCCCACUACUCAGGCCUUGUUCCAAAGAGCAUCAGAGUUAUGUCAGGAGAAACCCAGCAAAGAACGACAUUUUGCCCAGAAAACGUGGAUGAUCUACAGCUUCACCCAACCCAGGAGAAAACCUUUGUGAGAUGUGAAAUAAGCUCUAAAAAACUGAAGCGAAAGAACAGAUGAGCUUUAAUGAAGACCCAGUGCAAAGAAUAAAUGAUCUUAUUCCUUAUCUGAAA